AUGUUCUUCUUCUUCAUCUGCGGUGAGCACACCUUCCGCAAGGAGGUCCCUGGCUACGAGGGCAUUGUCUGCCAAUGCCACCACUGCGGGAACAUGUCGGGCCAUGUGCUCAAGAGCAACCCCUGGUUCACCUUUUGCUUCAUUCCCGUCAUCCCCUUCACCAUCAAGGGGUACAAGGACGUCACAUGCCACAUCUGUAGCUUUCAGCAGCCGCUCGAGAACCGCCCCGAUGUCGUGGCCAUGGCCAAUGGUGGACGUGGCGGCGGUGGAGGCCAUCAGCAACAGUACCAGUCCUACCCUCCGCCUCAGCAAGGAUGGCCGCAGCAGGGCCCGCCACCGCAGCAGCAACACGGUCAACAGCAGUAUGGCUAA